GGGCAAGGAGAUAGGGGGAGUCUGGUAUCGGUAACGUAUCUGAGUCCCUCUGUGGGUUUAUUUACCGGUUGGACCAGGCAUCAUUGAGAAAAGGCUCUUGUAAAGUGAUAAUGUUAAAUAUGUGGAAGGUACGGGAGCUGGUGGAUAAAGCAAUUUGAUGCAUGAGUCACACUCCAAAAAAGUUGGGACAGGGGAGAAAUAACAGCGAAAACUAUAUUUUAGGUUCAUGCUGCCAUUAAAAGUGAUGUCUUUUCCCAUACCAAUGUGGUGAUGAACUAUUCAGAGAUUGAAUCCAAAGUUCGAGAAGCCACAAAUGAUGACCCCUGGGGCCCUUCUGGUCAGCUCAUGGGUGAGAUAGCUAAAUCCACUUUCAUGUAUGAACAAUUCCCUGAGGUGAUGAACAUGUUGUGGACCAGAAUGCUUAAGGACAACAAAAAGAACUGGAGGAGAGUUUACAAGGCAUUACUACUGCUGGCAUACCUUAUUAGGAAUGGCUCAGAACGAGUGGUCACAAGUGCCAGAGAACAUAUCUAUGAUCUGCGCUCACUGGAAAAUUAUCAUUUUGUAGAUGAAAAUGGAAAAGACCAGGGAAUUAACGUACGGCAAAAGGUCAAAGAAAUGGUGGAGUUUGUCCAGGAUGAUGACCGAUUACGAGAGGAAAGAAAAAAAGCAAAAAAGAACAAAGACAAAUACAUUGGUGUAUCAUCAGACAGUAUGGAAGGCUUCAAACAAACUAACUCAUCAGAAAGCUUUGACUCUGAGUCCAAAAGCAAGUGGGAUGAAGACUGGGAGAAAAGCAAAGGUGGCUUUCCUUUCAGUGAGAAGCUUGGUGAGAUCAGUGAGAAGAUCGGCAGCACUAUUGAUGACACCAUAAACAAAUUCCGCAAAAAAGAAAGAGACGACUCGCCCGAUCGAAUCAGUGAAAAUGAGGAGGACAAAACAUCGCAGAAUGGUCGGGUUCCUAAGUCUGAGUUCAAGGACGAGGAAGAGACGACGACACCUAAGAGUGUUCAGGCAAUGCAAGACACUGAAACUACCACUCCCUCCAGCACCAGUACACGCAAGCGAAGUGGUAUGCCUUCGAAAACAGUGGAUUUGGGCGCAGCAGCACUUUACACAGGAGACAAGAGCAGUCCAGAUGCAGAGAAUGCUAAGACAUCAUGCAGUCAGUCAUCUACAACGGUACUCUCAGAUUUGUUCAUGGUGGAUUCUGAAGCGAAACAGCCAGCAGCUGCAGGUGGGAGCUCAGACCUCAUUGCUGACUUUGCUGAUUUUUCCUCCCCUGCUGCUUCUGCUAGUCUCCCUUCAGCUGCUGGAUCAGCAUCAACUGGGAAUGGCGAGUUUGGUGACUGGAGCGCCUUUUCUUCAGUAAGCCCACCUGCAUCCACAGGCUCAUCUGCUGCCCAAGAUCUUUUUACUGACACUUUAUUCUCAUCCACCAAAUCACAGUCCACGCAGCCACCCUCUGCUGAUCUUUUUGAACUGAUGGGCUCUAACCAGAGCAGUCUGAGCGCCUCUCAAAGCAUGCCUUUCACCAUGUGCCCACAGAACACCGGGUUCUCCAUGUCCAGAUCACAGACCCUAGGGGGGACGGUGCACAGUUUAGGAGGCCCUUUGUUACCUCAGCAAAUAGAUGUUCAGAAGCAAGGAGAGAAAACCUCAAUGCCUGCCACGUGGUCUGACCCAAACGUCAACAUUAACUUAGACUUUCUGGGGAUGAAUCCUCCUAAGCCUUCACAGCCUAGCCUUAACACCAUGAUGCAGCAAGGUGUCCAACCAUCAGUGAACAUGAUUGCCCAGAACUUUGCUGGAUUAGCUCUCCAAGCCCAGUCCAUGCCUUCAGGGCCAACUAUAAACCCUAUGAUGGCAAGUGGGAGCAUGGGUAUGGCAAUGCCAGCCACUAUGGCCACAGGCACAGUAGGAAUGGGCUCUAUGGGAAUAGGAGGAAUGUCUGCCAGUCAAGGACUAAUAGGAAUGAACAUAAACAUGGCACCUGUAGGCUUGGGCCUUACAGGUGGCCUUGGCAUGUGUCAGGGCAUAAACCCUGCUAUGAUGCAACCCAAAACACAUGCCUUUACAAACCUUGGCAACUUUGAAAAAUGAAGGAACAUAAGGACAUGGUGAAGAAAUGCUCCAAAUAAACCAUUAUAAAAGAAGGAGCUCUAUCCAGUGAAAUGGACAGAACUGACAAAACUAGCCAUUGUCUGGACCACUGAAUCAUUUAAAAUUUUGAGUAAAUAAAUGUGGGGGUGGGGGUAAAUGAGUUUUUCUUGAUUUAGGGAUGGGUGAUUAAAAACGGACAGUUUUUGUAAUGGUUGCUGGCAUAAAUUACAUACCUAAAAAUUAAAAUGACUUAACAAAAUUCACUCUUGGCAUAUUUGCAGAUGGCUAGAAAUCUCCAAACAUCAUUUACAGAUGUGUUUCUUCACUCCAUCAAUUUUAACAUUCCAUUCUCACUAUUUUUAAAUCAGUUUAAAUUCAGGAAUUACCUCAACUUUCACUGUUCAUGCUGUGACUAAAAUGCUGCAAGCGGUUGAUUUUGUAAAUAUUUAGUGGUUUGUGAAGAAGAAUUAAAUUAUUGCAUUGUUUUUAGAGUUAUUAAAGGUUAAAACUUCUGAAAGUCAAAGGUGUAACACAGGUCAAUUUUUUUGUUUUUUGCUUUCCUGGGUCUUCUGCAGUUGGUUCUCUACAUUUGCACUUCACAUAGCAUUUACAAUCUGUAAAUCAUCAAAGUCAGACAUUAUUAGACCAAUGUGUCAACUGUCUUUGAACCUAAGGACCUAAUAUAUGAUAGUCAUUCCUUUGACAACUAUGUUUAGAUUACAGGUUUGAUGAUGAUGUUAUACUGUGAUUAUAAAAUCUGAAGAAAAUGAACCAGUAACAUGUUAUUCUAAAACGGUACACACAAUAUGAAUUUAAAAUGCACCAUGAGGUGAACAGACUGUGCUGCUUUGAUUCAUUUAUUAAAUUCUAUGAUGCUGGUUUACACAAAAAUACUCACUUUUGAUUGUCUGUUUACCAUAAAAUUCCACCUCUACUCUUGAUAUAGUAGCAGUGUUCAAGUUGUUGUUGCUCAAGAUCAAUACAUUAGGCAGCCAUAAACUGAAUGAAAGUUAAUGUAAGGCUUAUAUGGGUUCUGCUAAAUGUUGAAAAUGUUUUGGUUGGCAUGAGUGGUUAUUUGGGGGUAUGAAAGACGAUAUGUUUCAUGUAAACAAGUCGUUAUUUGUUCUGGACAUUAAAUAUGAUGAAGUAGAAUAUACAGGGACAGAAAGAAGAAUAUAGGCAAUUUGAAGUUAAAUUUGAGACUUCUUAGAACUGAUGGUUUCAAUGCUGGUUGAAGUUAGAAUGUUUGUCUUUGGUCACGUGUCAUUACAUGUACUGAAUACGGUGCUGCUGCAAAUUUAAUGGGUAAUGAAUUACUGUUCAUAAUGUCUCAAUAGGCUGUCACUACUAACAUAGUCUCAUGCAUGAAAUGGGCUGUGUUAAGUGAACUUUUCUUGUAUCACCUCAGUAUUACACCCUGUGUACAAAAUUCUGCAACAAGCAUAUGGAUAAUGGUCAACUCUGUCACAUUUUUUCUAUUAUUGUUUAUUAUUUUCAUAUGCUGCUGUAAACAAAUAUUUUCCCUUUUAUCAUACCAAGUUACAUUAAAAUAGACAAAAAAUCUUUAUUUUAUUACUCUUUAACUAAUUUAAAUGGUUCAGUUUCUUAUUUUAAUAAGUUAACAUUAUAUAGAACCUGUGAAUAAAAUGAUGUUGGCAUGGGACAGAAAAAGCAAAAACAAGGUCAGGCACCUCCUUUUAAAAAAUUUUCUUUUUAGAUUUUAUUUUUUGGACUUGAUUCAUUUUAAUAAAGUUUUCUGUAUGACUAUGUUAA